CAUGUCGGCACGCCGAUGGUGGGCUCGUUGGAGGUUUCCGCCACCUGCGUUCCGCUGAGCGUGAGCACGCAAGUUGGGAUAAAAGUUGAAGACCUUGUUGAACUAAUCGUGCUUACCCUUCACGGAACAGGAUUCGCACAGUAUGACCAUCCAGACUCCCAAAACCAACUCCGCACGCAUGAACGCGACCAUCCAAGCCUCGUGCGAAUGGGGCUGCACGCCGGACGGCGGCAUGGCACGUCUGGCUCUGAGCGACGCCGACGCAUCCGUGCGCCGGUGGUUCAUCGCCGAGACAAAAGCCCUAGGCUGCGCAGUCCACAUCGAUGCUAUGGGCAACAUCUUUGCGGUGCGCCCAGGCCGCUACGACCUACCUCCUAUUGCAGUGGGCAGCCACUUGGACACUCAGCCCACGGGGGGGCGAUACGACGGCAUCCUUGGCGUGCUCGCUGGCCUCGAGAUACUGCGCGCUCUGGACGAGGCGGCUUACAGGACCGCUUACCCCGUCGCGGCUGUGUGCUGGACGAACGAGGAGGGCGCACGCUUCGUUCCCUCCUGUCUCGGAAGCGGGGUGUACGCUGGCGCUCUGUCCCUCCAGUACGGCCACUCGCGCACGGACGAGGCGGGGGUGAGCGUACGCGCCGAACUAGAGCGGCACGGCAUGCUGGGCGAGUUGGAGGCGUCGCACACUUCCAACCCCCUGACAGCCCACUUCGAGCUGCACAUCGAGCAAGGCCCGAUUCUUCACGAGGCUAAGCAGCCCGUCGCGGCCGUGAGCGGCGUGCAGGGCUGGCGGUGGUUCGAGAUCGCGCUGCAAGGGCGGGGCAGCCACGCGGGCACCACGCCGUUCGCGUAUCGUCGCGACCCCCUUAUCGCGUUUGCCAAGCUCGUGCUCGCGGCCGAGCGCGUCGCGCAGUCUCUCGGCGGGCUGUGUACGAUCGGGCGGGUGGGAAGCACCGCGGCCCAGAGCACAAACUGCGUCAUGGACGAUGUCGUUUUCCACCUCGAUCUCCGGCAUCACACAGCUGAAGGGAUGGCGGCGCUCGAGGGCACGAUGCGGGCCGAAUUUGCAACUAUCAUCGCCGGGGAGGAGGGUGUGGAAAUCACCCGGUGGGACACGCUCACGGCUGUUCAGCCAACCGUGUUUGAUACCGAGGCCGUGGCGUGUGUGCGCCAUGCGGCGGAGGCGACGGGCAUGGCGCACGAGGACCUGGUCAGUGGCGCCGGCCACGACUCGGUGUUCACUGCACGUACGUGUCCCACGGCCAUGUGUUUCAUCCGCUGCCGCGAUGGAAUCAGCCACCACCCGAGCGAGUAUGCGACGCCAGAGGACAUCGCUGUCGGGACUGAGGUCCUUCUCCAAGCUGUGCUGGCGUAUGAGCGCAAGUUGACGGCCAAGCUGGAGCAUAAGUCGUAGCUGAAAUGUAUCCUCCCGCUGAAAAAGCCCUAGCUUAGCAACUGCAAUGAAAUGUACAC